AUGAACCACUAUCCCGCCCGCGUCAUGGGGGGCCCCCAGGUUGGCCCAGCCCAGCGCCUCAACGAGCUUCUCGACAACAUCAAGGCCGAGUUUGAGACGGAAUCUCAGCGCAGCGUCGAAUAUGAAGGGCAGAUCUCCCGUCACAUUCAAGAAAUUGAAUUGAUCCGCAGCAAAGUCUACUCGCUCGAGCAGUCACACAAUCAGAUGAAAGCAAAAUAUGAAGAGCGCAUUGCCCAGCUAGAGCGUGAAGUCGAGGCUCGCGGCGGGCCCAGCCAGAACUCGCAGCACCACGGCCCCUCGCAGCCGCAGCCGCCACAGAUUGGCCAUGGGCCCAGCAAUCUCUUUGGUGGCAUCAUGGCGGGUAGUGCUGCCCAGGGUGGCCCAGGACUAGCGCCUCCUCCACAAGAACCACCGCAAGGACAUGGCAUGCCGCCACAGCUCGGCGGUCCUCAGGGACCACCAGGACUGAACCCUGCCCCAGGCCCACCACAGCACUUUGGUGGCUACCAGCCCGGCCCAUCCGUCAACGGCUACGGACCCCCCCAGCCUACUGCCUCACCCGGUGCUAAGCGUCCAGGCCCUGCCCGUGGACCCCCCAACCCAGCGACUCCUCAGCAGAACAACCCCGCCCCCUACCCCGGAUCGCCCCAGGUCCCACGACCAACUCCUCCUCCCCACCACCAGCCCAAUGCCUUGAUGGCGCCCACCCACAUUCCUCUCAGCCAGAGCAACGUCCUGGCCGACCUCGACAUUGAGCAAUUGCCCGAGAACCUCAAGAAGGAGGGCAGUGAUUGGUUUGCCGUCUUCAACCCUCGCUCCAGGCGAGUUCUUGAUGUUGACCUCAUUCACAACCUACCCCACCAGAGUGUGGUUUGCUGUGUUCGCUUCAGCUUGGACGGUAGGUGGGUCGCGACUGGUUGCAACCGGUCCGCUCAGAUUUUCGAUGUCGAGACUGGUAACCCAGUCGCCCAUCUCCAGGACGGUAGUCUGCCCGAAGAUGGAGACCUCUACAUCCGAAGCGUCUGCUUCAGCCCCAACGGACAAUAUCUUGCCACUGGUGCUGAAGACAAGGUCAUCAGGGUCUGGGAUAUUGCUAGCCGCACUAUCAAGCAUCAAUUCACCGGCCACGAGCAGGACAUUUACUCGCUCGACUUUGCCAGGAACGGAAAGAUCAUUGCAUCAGGCAGUGGCGAUAGGAGCGUCCGUCUCUGGGAUCUUGAGUCCAACAUGCAAGUCUCAAACUUCUCCAUUGAGGAUGGCGUCACCACUGUGGCCAUUUCGCCCGACAACCUCUACGUCGCAGCCGGUUCCCUUGAUAAGAGUGUCCGUGUGUGGGAUAUCCAGACUGGCCAGCUUGUUGUCCGUCUCGAGGGCGAGCAUGGCCACAAGGAUAGUGUCUAUAGUGUUGCUUUCGCUCCUUCUGGUAACCGUCUGGUCAGUGGUAGUCUGGAUAAGACUAUCAAGAUGUGGGAGCUAUCGACCCAAAACCGCUUCGUUCCCAACGGAAACCACCCCAGUGGCAAGUGCAUCCGCACAUUUGAAGGACACAAGGACUUUGUGCUUAGUGUCGCGCUUACCCCGCACGGCGAUUGGGUGCUCAGUGGUUCCAAGGACCGUGGUGUCCAAUUCUGGGACCCCCACACUGGUGUCGCACAGCUCAUGUUGCAGGGACACAAGAACUCUGUCAUUUCCGUCGCUCCCAGCCCUACAGGAGGCGUCUUUGCUACCGGUAGCGGUGACAUGCGCGCACGAAUCUGGAGGUUCGAUAGGUACCCCGGACCUUAG